GAAGAGAAAUUUCAGUGAAGACAUACACACUCAUACAUAUACAAAGCACUGUAAUGAUGCUUAAAUGGUUUAGAAGGCGCUUUUGGAAAUCUCAGUUCGCGUAAAAAUUGUGAAAAGAGCAGACAAACGCGGAUUGGCGCGCUUAAUGCGGGAUGCGCUUAGCGAAACUUUCAAAAAUAAAAAAGGUAUAAUAAAUAUGUAAUCCAAUUCUACAAUCACAACAAACACAAAACGUAAAUUUCUUUAAAAACGGGAACCACUCGUGGAAAACCUACACGCAAUCGCCUGGCGCACAAUUACGGAUUCAGUGACAUAAAUUCUUCGUAGUGCAAACGGUAAUUCUGGCCUACCAAAAUGACCGACAUAGAUGAUAUUAUCGCGAAGUUGCAGCGCUUCACUUGGCCUGAUUAUGGCGUUUUCAUAGCUAUGUUUGUGAUCUGCAUAAUGAUUGGCAUCUACUUUGGAUUCAUGCAUCGCAGCCUCUCGGAGUCCGACUAUUUAAUGGGUGGACGUAAUAUGCUUAUACUACCCAUUGCCCUUUCGCUGGUGGCGAGUUUUAUUUCUGGCAUCACUUUAUUGGGAUUGCCGACGGAAGUCUACUCCUAUGGCAUACAGUAUUUAUAUGUCUCACUGGGAGUAAUGGCUAUGGGAGUGGUUAUGGGAGUAUUUUAUCUACCCGUAUUUCACGAGUUGAACAUCACAUCGACGUAUGAGUAUCUAGAAAGCCGUUUCGAUCGUCGUCUACGCAUGUAUGGGUCCGUGAUGUUCGCUGUUAUGAAUGUCGCAUAUCUACCUAUCGUAAUUUAUGUGCCCGCAUUGGCCUUCAAUCAAGUGACCGGAGUUUCCGUGCAUACCAUCACACCGAUUGUCUGCAUAGUUUGCAUCUUCUACACCAGUUUGGGUGGCAUCAGAGCCGUCGUGUGGACGGAUGUGGUACAGACAGUAUCAAUGGUGGGCGCUCUAAUACUGGUAGCCAUCAAGGGUACCCAUGACAUAGGUGGAGCGGGUGUGGUACUACAGAACGCUUGGGACACAGAUCGCAUUGAAGGACCCGACUUGAGUAUAAAUCCAACAGUGCGGCAUACGCUAUGGUCCCAGUUGAUCGGCGGCGUAUUCUACUGGACCCAGACCAAUGCAGUUUCCCAGAAUAUGAUUCAGCGUUAUCUCGCAUUGCCCACCUUGCGCGCCGCGCGCACAGCUUUAUUAAUCUUUUGCCUUGGUGUAUUGGUUAUGAUGGCGCUUUGUGGCUACAAUGGUUUGCUAAUUUAUGCCACAUACAAAAACUGCGAUCCGCUCAUCACAAAGCUGGCGAAAGCACGCGAUCAACUGCUGCCACUCUUCGUAAUGGACACAUUAGGUGAUUAUCCUGGGCUCACUGGCCUCUUCAUCGCGGGAGUUUUUAGCGCCGCCUUGAGUUCGCUUUCCACUUGCUUGAAUUCGAUGUCGGCCGUGGUGCUGGAAGACUUUGUGAAGCCUUUUGUGAAACGUCCGCUGACUGAGUCGGCCAUCAAUUGGAUCAUGAAAUCGGUUGUGGUGGGAAUGGGUGCAAUGUGCGUUUGUCUGGUCUAUGUAGUUGAGCACAUGGGAACUGUGUUGCAGUUGACCAUGAGUCUAGAGGCUAUUACCAAUGGGCCACUAUUUGGCAUAUUCAGUAUUGGCAUUUUCAUGCCUUGGAUAAGUGGCAAUAGCGCUUUGACUGGUGGCAUUGUGGGCGUUAUUGCCAUGUCAUGGAUUAGCUUGAAGGCGCAAUGGGCUAUAGCCUCCGGUGCUAUUAAGUAUCAGACAAAGCAGAUCACUGUUGACCAGUGCGAAUACCAAUUCGAUAGAACAGGCUUGCAACUGAGUAGCGCCAAUUUGACGGAGCUGAAUGCGGCAGCAGAGGAAAUAUUUCCAUUAUAUCGCAUAUCUUAUAUGUGGUUUACUUGCCUGGGUGCUUUGAUCACAAUUUUCAUUGCUAUUCUGUAUUCGAGCAUAGCGGGUGGCCACGAUCCGAAGAAAGUGGACGCGACGCUUCUGACUCCCUGCAUAAGAAAAUAUGUACAAACCGAUGAGGAUUACAUGCAUGCAAGCCACCCUUUUAAGAACAACAUUCCAUUAAAGGCGAGACUACGUGUCGAUGAGGUUGCUCUGUGAGGGCAUUCAAGUUUUUGGCAUAGCUAUUAGAAGGCAAUGUCUGAUAAACAACCGAAUAGUAUUUAGUUUUAUACAAAAUGUUUCUUAUUCAUUAGCAUACAAAACCGAAUUUAUGAUUUAAAAUAAAAAGUCAACUAUUUUAAGUAAAAAAGGCCAACCAAAAAAUUUUGUAUGACUAAUGAAAGCUGAUUGUUAUAAAAUUUAAUACAUUUUUUGCAGUAAAUGUGGAUAGAGGCAAUCGAAGAGUCAAGCGGCUUGAUUACGAUGAAAUAACAUAAUUAUAAAACUGAUUUGAAGGAUAUUUUUCUCAACUAGCCUCUAACAUAACAGCUCACUCACAUUUUGUUCACUAUGGCAUGCCCCCUUAAGGGGUUACAUACGCCCAGAAUUAAAAAAAAAUUAUUUUGCUUUACAGAUUAUUAUUCUUUAUAGUUUUAGGCGUAUUUCUGUGGAAGUCGAUUGCAAAAAUUCCCCAUAGAUACAAAGUUAUGGUAACUGCCCAACGAGAGUUUGAUGCGCACAGGUAGCUGUCUUUCGUGUGAGGCAGUCACCUUGAGCGAAAUGCACUUGAAAGUUUAAAUUCAUUUUUCACGAAACUACUUUUUCGGGCACGGCCUGCAUGAUAACUCAUAUAGUUUUGAUUAUUUUUUUAUCCGUUUUCUCUCUAUAGAUUGGAUUUUGAUAUUUUUAUUAAAAAAUGUUUAGUUAUUAAAGUGUGUCAUUUGUGACGUAAAACGCAUACUUUUUUUAAAAUGCUGUAAAUUGCAAAAUUUUUCGAAAAUCAAAAAUCGGGCUUGACAGACUAUAACUACAACUUUAUUUACAAGAUUCUUCUAACUUUUUACAGAUCCAUCAAAAUUUCAAGGAGAAAUAAUGCAGGCUGUGGAUCAACUUUUUUUUUAUUGCAUUUUGGCUUACGUG